CAGUGCUUCUUGAUGGGCGCAAGUUUAACGUACUGGCCGAGCGGCAGUUGGCAAUAAAAGGAUUUAAUUUAUUCUUCCUUUAAAUAUAGUGUGUGAACUUAUUAACAGUUAAAUUGUACUGACUAUAAGAAGUUUUUAACAAAGGAACUCGAACGUGAAGUGUUUUAAAAAUCGAAAAUUUAAACAACAGGAGGACAACAAGGACAGCCUAGCUAACUUCGCAAACCGAUUAAAUAUUGAACUAUAAAUAAUGCAAUAAAAAGUCAGAGCUUCGAAAAUCUAUACCAACAGUAUUCUGUAAAAUCAAUGCGUGAAACCCUGCGCACAGGCGACAAGUAUUGAGAAUGUCGCACACAUCCGGUUGCAGUAUUUUAGAUAAUUUAACAACCUCACAGCCGCAGCUGCUAACACGCUGCAGCAGCACGGAUAGCGGCAGCCAGCUGGUGCUGAAUUGCCAUCGAAAUGGCACUGCCGCCAAAGACAUUAACCCAACCAACGCGGCACAGCGACCCCUCAAUGCAGGCGGCGCAAGGCAGACCGCGGUCGAUGCGGAUGGCGGCAUACGCAACUCGGGCUUUGUGGACAAUUUUGCGGUGCAACGCCGGCAUUCAGAGUACGUGGAGGCCUAUGCGGACAUGUUGAACGAUUGUAGUGGCAAGUCGAAUGCACGCCAUGCGCGGCCAUUAUCCUGUUUCGUACAAACAAAACUCACAAAGAAUGGCUAUGUAAGCGCAUUGCAAGGGGAGCACGAAGUGCAAGGACCGUGGCAGAAUUCAGGUCAACUGCGACAGGAGUUUGCAGCUAAAAUGGCAGCGUGGCUGAAGCCGCUGAACUCGCAAAAUAAUCUGUGCAAUGGCGGUAUUCCCAGUCAAAAUCACAUACUCGCACCAAAGAUACAAAAUAGCUGCAGUCCAAAUGGCCACAAGAAAGGCACCGUCACACUGUCACACCUGCCACAGCGGCCGCCAGUCGACAUCGAGUUCGCUGAUAUUUCAUAUUCCGUCUCGGAAGGACGAAGGCGCGGCUUGAAGACCAUACUGAAAAGUGUUUCGGGCAAGUUUCGCAAUGGCGAACUCACCGCCAUCAUGGGACCGUCCGGUGCGGGGAAGAGUACACUUAUGAACAUUCUGGCCGGCUACAAAACAUCGCAGCUGAGCGGCUCGGUGAUGAUCAAUGGCAAAGAGCGUAAUCUGCGGCGUUUUCGUAAACUUUCCUGCUACAUAAUGCAAGAUGAUAUACUCAUCGCCAAUCUCACAGUGCAUGAAGCCAUGAUGAUCUCGGCCAAUCUCAAGUUGGGCAAAGAUAUGAAUUUGGCAGCCAAACGCGUAGUUGUACACGAGAUACUCGAAACGAUCGGUCUGAAGGAUUCCAGUAAUACGAAGACCUGCAAUCUGUCGGGCGGACAACGUAAACGACUCUCGAUCGCACUCGAGUUGGUUAAUAAUCCACCAGUGAUGUUCUUUGACGAGCCCACAUCCGGUUUGGAUAGUUCAACGUGUUUCCAGCUAAUUUCUUUGCUCAAGUCGUUGGCACGUGGCGGUCGCACUAUCGUUUGCACCAUUCACCAGCCGUCGGCGCGUCUCUUUGAAAAGUUCGAUCACUUGUACAUGCUCGCCGAGGGCCAGUGCAUGUACGAAGGACGCGUACGCGGUCUGGUGCCAUUCCUCUCGUCGCUCGGCUACAACUGCCCUUCAUAUCACAAUCCGGCCGAUUAUGUGCUGGAGGUAGCCAGCGGCGAGUAUGGCGAAUCUGUGCAAAAGCUGGUGGCGGCGGUCAAAAGCGGCGAGUGCAAGAAAUUCAGUCACAAAGACUACGGCUUGACGGCUGUGCGCGGCAUUGCCAAUGACAUUGUCAAAGGUGACAAUGACUGCAACAACUCCAACAGCACAAGUACGAACAAUGCAACACUAACGGCAACCACAACUCUAACACUGGAGGAUGAAAAAUGCAAAAUGGAUGAAAUGUCCAGCACUUUAAUAUCACAUUCGAAUGCACUCAAAAAUCCCAUAUUGGAGACGCAACAAUCACAACUAUCCGACUGCACAGUUAUCAACUUGAACAUUCCAAACAGCAACAAUGACAAUGGCAACUCCAACAGCGGACUGCCCUACAGCUGCAGCUUCAGUUCGAAGGGCGGACAAGUUGCGCUCACCGGCGCUGCAGAGAAGGCAGCCGCCGCAGGUUGCACCACCUCGCUCUUGGACUCGCAUGAAAGUGUUGUUACGCUGCCCAACAGCUCGGGCUUCCCCACCAGCGGCUGGACACAGUUCUGGAUACUGCUGAAGCGCUCGUUUGUAACCAUCAUGCGCGAUCGCAUGCUGACGCAUAUGCGUUUGGCCUCGCACGUCAUUGUCGGCGCCAUUAUCGGCAUGAUCUACUACGAUGUGGGCAAUGAAGCUUCGAAGGUGAUGAGCAAUGCGGGCUGUAUCUUCUUCACCACGCUCUUCACCAUGUUCACGGCGAUGAUGCCGACGAUAUUGACGUUUCCUACUGAAAUGUCGGUGUUUGUGCGGGAGCACUUGAACUACUGGUACUCGCUGAAGGCUUUCUACUUUGCCAAGACAAUGGCUGAUCUGCCGUUUCAGAUCGUCUUCUCCAGCGUCUAUGUGAUUGUCGUCUACUAUUUGACCUCCCAGCCCAUGGAGUGGAUGCGCAUCUCGAUGUUCGUCUUCAUUUGCGUGCUCACCUCGCUGGUGGCGCAGUCGCUCGGCCUGCUGAUUGGCGCUGGCAUGAAUAUCGAAGCGGGCGUCUUUCUCGGCCCCGUCACAACAAUACCAACCAUACUCUUCUCCGGCUUCUUCGUUAACUUCGACACCAUACCGGGCUACCUGCAGUGGGUGACCUAUGUUAGCUAUGUGCGCUAUGGUUUCGAAGGCGCCAUGGUGUCGAUAUAUGGCAUGGAUCGCGCCAAAUUGGAGUGCCACGAAAUGUACUGCCAUUUCCGCAGUCCCAAGAAGUUCUUGGAGGAGAUGUCGAUGGACAAUGCCGAGUACUGGAUAGAUGCGGUGGCACUGCUCGGCACCUUUGUAGCGCUGCGUAUUAUCGCGUACUUCGUGCUGCGCUGGAAGCUGCACCUCAUACGCUAAGCGCUAAGCCGCUUAUAUAUAUAUAAAUAGUUGUACGGUGUAAUUAUAUUAUCUAUAUCUAUGUUAUGUAUUUAUAAGUAGAGACAGUCACAAAGACAGUUCCAUAAGCAUUUCACGCUGAUUUCAGUUUGUUUGGGAUCACACGUUUAAUGUGUGUGUGUGUUUUUUAUACCAUAUAUAUAUUGAACUUGAUAUUAUUUAGCGCCUUGAAUUGAUAUAAAUAUAUUUUAUUAUCGUAGAAUUUUUACGCAUACGGAUCAUGUAAUUUACAAGUAAUUAAAUAACUGUACUAUUUGUAUGUAUGUAUAUAUAUUAAGAUGCAUGCUUGCUUGCGGUGCUUCAAUUUUCUUUCCACCCCCCCACUUUUGUUACUACAUAAGGGCAAGAAGUUGGCAUAUUUGUAAGAUUAGCGCGUAAUUAGCUUGAAAUAUUAUUAGAAGAAAUAUUAGAUUUUCAAUAAAACAACAUAAAUCAAAAAGAACCAGUAUUAUUAUACAAGACAAACAGCACCCAAGCGGAUUGUAGACACAACUGGUUUUUUGGAUAUUAUACAUAUGUAUGUUAGCUACGAAUGUCAGUAACCGAUGUAUGUGACCAACAAAACGACCGUUCCUAUAACAGUCGGUUCUAAGAAACUCAAACGGGCCCACAUUUUUAUUCGGCCUAGGACUGACAACUCGGCACCAUUCCUCGAAAUUUCUUUAGGAAUGUUUUCUGCCGCUACAACAACAACAAAAACUACAGCCAAUGAUAUAGCCCUUAAAACUGUUUGGUACAUAUUCGACUUCUAGUGAAAAUGGCGAUCAGGUACACCACAGUUAGCUUGACUAUGCAAAAAUGAAGCAGUUUUUCAAAACCCAUUGAGCCAUUAAUUUUGUUAUGAUAGCCCUUGUAGCGCCGAAUAUCAGUAAAAAAUAAUAUUUUUGAAUAAAAAUGAUCACUAGUAUUCUAAAUUUUGGUUUUUAAAGUUUUUUACCUAGAUUUGUCUGAAUGAAGUUCACCAUUUUGCCGCUUAAAAUUCAUUGCGCCAUUUCCUUGAAUUCACGUGAAUUAUAUAUAAAUAUUUAAUAUAUAAUAAUAAUUAAUUUAUAGACUUUAGCAUACUUUUCAGCGCGAAAAAUUUAAUUUAAUUCGAACAAACUGCGGGCAAGAAAUAAUAACUGAAGAUUUUAUUACUCGAAAGCUUCUCUUCACAUUUAAAAAUUUCUGCGAGGAAAUAUUUCGAAGCUAAGGGUCUUGGUCCACGAUAAAAUAUUCCCCGAAAAUUAUUCGAACUCUUUAAAUAAAUUUUAAAGAAAUAAAUAUUGAAACUUGUCAUUACAAAAAGAAAACAAUAUUUAGGGAAAUAUCAUAUGCUGGUUCCCUUCAGUUCUUUGUCACACCCAUCUUUUCCUUUCUGGACCAGAUUGUCUGCGAUAAAUUUCAAUUAUCAAGCACAAGAGUGUCAAGAGAAGGUAUUUUAUUGCGAUAAAUUGCUGACUUAGGUUCGACUACACAAGAAAGCAUAUUUCUAGGCUGACGGGGUAUUAUAGUUAGUCGUCUUUGUGAUGGGAUUACACUCUUUUAGAUUCGUUUACUCAAUUUUCGGUUAGCAGUCAGCUGUCAGCUAAGUUUUGGUUAAAAAAUGUUAUUUGCCGGUUAAAUAAUCUCUUUACCGGUUAAAUUAACCAGUAAUUAUCUGAUAGAAAACGGUCAUAAGUUGUGUUGAAAUCUAUGAAAUCGAGACGACAACUAAGCUGAAAGGCACUUUUGAUUCACUUCAAUUCAAAAUAUAAUUUCCAUAAAAAGUACUCUUUGGAAAACGCCCAAAAGUAUGCACAAAAUUAAAACCAAUUUGCCAUUUAUAACAGACAAAUUCAUAUGUAAAUAUGUAUGUUACAAACACAGCCAUUAUUCCCUCUCCAACAGCAAAUGACUUAUAGCAUUUAUAAAGACAUAUUAAGUUAAAUACACUUAAUCCAAGAAAUAAUAAUAAUAAAUUUUUAAUGAAAGUCUACAAGCAAUUAUGCACAUGAUUUUGUACAUAUAUACGCGAUAUACACAUUUGGAAAUCGUCCAAGAAGGUUCUAAAGCAAGCAUGCUGACGUGAUAUUGAAGAAGUUGUGAUAUGUCUGCGUUGUUUGAUAUUCAUUUCGUUUUAGAACAAAAUAAAAAAUUUUAUUAGAAACUAACUACUUUGUCACUUUAAACAUAAUUACUUUUUUCAAUUACUGCAAUGCCAAAUACUUUAGAGAUCUGUAUGUAAAUAUGUUUCAAUAUUUAUUUUUGGUAUUUUAUUGUGCACUUUUUGUCCUUACUUUUUAUUAAAUAAAAAAAAUAAAUGUAAAUAGUUUUAUAAUUUUUUUUUGAUUAAAAAAAGUUGGAAUUUGAAUGUGAUGGACUUGAUGAGCAUUGAUUGUGUGUUGGAAAACGUUUUUAGAUCAAUAUAAAGUGAACUGUUUUUCCAAUUAUGAAGAAGUUUAUUUUUGUAGUGCGAUUUAGGUUAAGUGUUGUUGGAAACUAACGAAAUUCGUAAGAAACAAACUUAAGAAAAAUAGUAAAAAAGUUGAAAGGUGCAUAACCGGGAUUUAAUGUAUGAACUGGUGUACUAUCGGGUAUCUAAAACGAAAUAUGAAAGUAGAUUAACGAUUUUAAUGAAAGGAUUGUUAAAGAAGACGAAUUUUAGAUUAAGUAUGUAAGCUAAGUGGUUAAAAAUUAGAGUUGUAUUGUUCAAGUGAGUCAAGAAAAAAGUUUUUUUUGAAAUAUUUUUUUAUAAUGUUUGGUAUUUAAAUCAACACACUUAUAAAGCCAUCCGUUUGAAGCAUAAAACUAAGCAAUACAAUUUUCUUAAGGCGCGAGAUUUUUACUUUUUUUUCUGGAAUUUUUCGCUAAAAUGUCAUCUCCUCUUCUCUAGAGGAGCCUCACUUUCGUGUCUAGGCAUAAAUAGCCAGGGAAAUUAAAUAAAAAAAAUAUUUAUACAUUAUUUAUAAUUAUAUAAUACUUGAACUGAUUAAAAAAUUAAGAAAAAAUUUAUAAAAUACAAAAUUGUAAGCAAAGAAUUAAAAAUAGAACAUAAUAUCUUAGUGUGCAAUAAACCAUUAAAUUGUCAAAAAUUGAAAAAAAAAAACCAGUAACAGCAUCCACACAGACAUAUAAAGUAAGAGUUGGAAGAAAAGUUUCUCAUAAAAACCUAAACUAUAAAAACAAAAAAGUUAAAAAUAUAAAUCUCGUAAUCUUAACAUCACAAAAUAAAAAUAUAAAUCCCAUAAUAUUAACGUCAGCAAAAUUAAAAAAAUCCAUCAAAAUAAAUAUUUGCAAGUAUCUCAAAAUAUCAAGCGCUUCGCCGCAAAAGAACGCAUCUACAAAUUGUCCAUAUUUGUUGAAAACAUCAUUAUAUCCACUUAGUAAAUACUUACGCACCUCUCUAUGCAAAAAUAAAGAAAUGCACCUGUUUGUAUGUAUGUGAAAAUCAAACACAAAAUUCAUAUAUAUAUUGAAAAAAAAUUAAGAAAAAAUUAAAAAACAAAAAAUUAUAAUUUAAAAAAAUUUAAAAAAAAAUUAAGAAAAAAUUUAAAAAAUUAUGCAUAUACAUAAGUGAUCAAUAAAUAUAGCAAUUCUACAUAUACAUAUAUACAUAUACAUAUAUCUAUGUAUGUAUGUAAUCACCAAUUGUUAUUUAAUGCAAGCGAACAACGGACAUUUCUGUACUUUGAGAUGUGUGUUUUGUAAAUAUGAAGUUGGUAAAGUAGCUAUGUGUAUGUGUUUGUAAUUUAAUACAUAUAUAUUGAUUUUUCUUACCUAUAUAUAUAAUUUUAAGUUCAGAUAUACUAAAUAGUUAAUUAUAUACUUGAAAUCACUCAAAUAAACAACUCAAAAACAUAAUUUUAUUUA